CUCGGAGAUCCACUUCUUCCCAUCAAACAGGGCCAAUAUCAGUCCAUACAAGUGAGAAAUUUGUCCAGGUUUGAUUGAUAGGAAUGGCGUUCAACACUACUAAACAAGGUCUUCUGCUUGGCAUGCUCGUGUUCCUCUUGGCUUCCAAGGAACUGUUUCUGGCAGCAGAUGGUGCUGGAGAGUGCGGAAGGACGCCGAUCAAUACUGCAGCAGCCAGUCUGAGCCCAUGCCUUGGUGCUGCUAGGAGCGGCCGGGCUCUGGUUACGCGACCCUGCUGUGCCAAGGUCAAUGCACUCAUCAGAACUGCCCCACGGUGCCUGUGCGCGGUGCUGCUGUCUCCACUGGCCAAGAAAGCAGGGAUAAUGCCCGCCACCGCCAUUUCGAUCCCGAAGAGGUGCAACAUUAGGAACCGACCUGUCGGGAAGAAAUGUGGAAGGUACAUCGUCCCAUAGAGAUCGAGGCCGAGCUUAACCUAACAGGAGAAGGAAAGGAGCAGCAGCCUCAUCACUGCUUACGAAAUUAGAGAUUAAUUCGCAAUAAAUAAUUUCUCCUCUAUGUAAAGGGUCGUAGUAUGUUUAAACUAUGAUCCUGUGGUGCAUAAGCUUCGAGGCUUACUAUUAUUCCCGAUGAAAAUGUGCCUCUUAAUUACCGCCGAAUUCGAUAUAUAUAAUAAAUGUCUACGCACUUCCGUCCUUA